CCAGCACACAGCCAGUAAUUAAAUUUCUAUAUAAACGUAAUUCUACGAUAAAUGUCGUUGUUUCUCACAUGGUGAUCUAAUAAGUACUUUCAACGCAACCAAAAAGAAAAUUGUUGGACCAGAAACUGCAAAUUAAAUCACGAUAAUGACAGCUGUUUUACGAAAACUAACAAUUUUCGUUUACGGUCAAUGGAAUGCAAAAGAGUAACAUUAUCAUAUAUAUAACAGACAAUGCAUCAAAAGUUGCAGUGUUCUACUUUAACUAUUCUUAAAUUGUGAUUCAAAAGCCACAAAUGACCAUUUCAUUUACUAACAGAAGACUGUGCACAUUAUCGCGAUAUUUAGUUGGGACUGUGUAAAAGGUUUGCUGGCCAAGGCAGUUUCAGUGCAACAGUAUUGUGAACGAGACAAUACUUUUAGAAUUAAUUCAAAAUGAAUGCGAAACUAAUUUUCAUUUUAUUCGUAUUCAAUGGCCAUAUGACAUGUGCUGUUAGUGUUGCAGGCUCUUGGAUACUAUUUGCAAAAUCACUCAAAGAUUCGUGGCUUAAUUGUACGACGGAUGUAAAUCUCGGCAUGCUUGAAUGUUUAAAAACCAGCAGCCUACACGUGUUCGACAAAAUGAUUGAUUCAGACGUCAUACCUUUAACGAAUGAUGCGAGACUAGUGAGAGCUAACUUUAGCCAAAAAGUAUCAUUCGAUAGUGACGCCAGCAUACACAACGUGGUGUGGCAGAGAAAGGAUAAAACGUCAGUGUCGUGGGCGGAACACGUAUUAACGAAAUUGUCUAACCUUUUCCAAUCACAUACACUUCACAUUGACAUCAUACCACAGUCAUUAGGAAGAGCACGAAACAGACGUAGGAAUAAUAUGCUUCCGAUGAUGGCUUUCGGGUUGACGGCUGCUGGUUUGGUAAUGGCACCAAUGGGCUUUCAAUUUUUGGCUGUUUUGGCUGGGAAGGCAUUACUAUUAUCGAAAAUGGCAUUGUUACUUGCAGUCGUCAACGGACUGAAAAAAGUAGCUUCGUCUGGCGUUCAUUACGGUCUUUAUCACUCCAAUUCUCAUCAUGCGCAUCAUCUUUGGGAUAGAGAAUACACCGAACGUCCUAGAUUUCAGUAGUGAGGUUGAAGCAGUCGAAUCUUUAUAUUGUUGAUUAAAUUUUGUGGUAUAUCUGCUAUAUAUUAGCUGAAAUAAAGAUCUCAAUCGUU